CCCCGCUCAGGCCCUGCAGCACCACGUUCACCAUAUCUUUCUCAGCCUGUCGCACUUUGUGGUAAACCCUCUCCAGGUAGGACCCAGAGGCCUCCAGAGGGUUCUGCACCUUCACGUAGAAGUCGGUGAUGUAGGCUCCAGGGCUGAUCAGACUGAAGGGCACAGAGUUGCUGGUCUCUUUUCUGUUCAUUGUCCGCGAGUUCCUGCAAGAAGAACGGUUAUUAAUUGACUAGUUGAUUCAUAAUUAGCCAUUUUUUGUGCUUAUUUACUUGCAUGUACCAUGUCCUGGUGAGAGAGUUCCAGUAUUUCCAGUGUUCUUCCACUGCAAUCUUCUGAACCACACCAAAGGAUCGUGGGACAAACUUGCUGGCCAAAGGCUCCCCGUCCGCCUGGACCAGACCUAGGAACAGACGUGACGCAAACGGCCGGAGAAAGCAAAGCUGGAACCGACACCGAUCAGAACCAGAGGAUUUACAGAUGAAGGUGAAGCUGCAGGAGGAGGAAGAGGAGGAGGGAGAGGAAGAUGAGGAAGAGGAGGGGGAGGAGGAGGACUUCAGGACGGAGGAGCUCCGCGCUCAGAGCGCAAGAACGCACCGAACCAUCGAGGAGAGCAGCUCGUACCUGGUCAGGAUUACCUGUCAAACCCGCAGCCCGUCUCUCGUAUGAAAUCAUUUAACCGCGUCGGAGGGAACAUGCAGCUGCACAUUUCUAGAGGCUUUUUCCUGCUUCUGUCCUACCUGCUGCUGGAACCGGAGAAACAGCGAAGUGCAUGAGGGUCUCCCAGCAGGACGCCAUGGCAACGGCCUCCUUUGUCUGUUGUCUCCACCAUCCUUAUCCACAAACUGUCUCCCGUAGAGACGCAUCCGUGGAACCUGCUGGAAUCCAGCUGCAGGUGUUCUCAGAGCAGCACCAGAUGUGUGACAUGAUGAAGGAAUUAGACAAGGAGAGGCACAUGUGUGAGGCUCACAUCGAGAACAAAACAACAGGUUGCAGUGGUACAUGGGACAAGAUCACCUGCUGGCCCAGUGCUGAAGUGGGAGAGGUGGUCACCAUCCCCUGCCCCAAAUACCUAUUCUACUUCUCUGGAGACAUACCUGCACGUAAUCUUUCAAAGACUUGCACUGUGGAUGGUUGGACGCCGAUCAGCAUCGACUCCUACAUAAUGGACUGUGGAUAUAAUCCCAACAACACCAUGGACGAUAAUGCAGGAGAUUUCUUCGAUGCUAUCAAAGUGGGAUACACCAUUGGUCACAGUGUGUCGCUCAUCUCUCUGACCGUCGCCAUCACCAUACUCUGUCUUUUCCGGAAACUGCACUGCACAAGGAACUACAUCCAUAUGCAUCUGUUUGUGUCCUUCAUACUGAAAGCUGUGACUGUUUUCGUCAAGGACGUUGUUCUGUAUGAAGUCGGAGAGACAGAUAACUGCCAGUCAUCUGUGGGCUGCAAGGCAGUGAUGGUCUUCUUCCAGUACGGGAUCAUGGCGAGUUUCUUCUGGCUGCUGGUGGAGGGUCUGUAUCUUCACGCCCUGUUAGCCGUCUCCUUCUUCUCCGAGAGGAAGUACUUCUGGUGGUACAUCCUGAUUGGCUGGGGAGCUCCAACCAUCUUUAUCUCAGCAUGGGUGAUUACAAAGGCUUAUUUAAAACAUCCAGGAUGCUGGGAAAUAAUUGAUGACAGUCCUUGGUGGAUCAUCAAAACACCUAUUUUAGUCACCAUCCUCGUGAACUUCUUCCUCUUCAUUUGUAUAAUCCGGAUUUUGCGACAGAAGAUGAAUUGCCCUGACAUUGGAAGAAAGGAAUCCAAUCAGUACUCGAGGCUUGCUAAAUCCACACUCUUGUUGAUACCUCUCUUUGGAAUAAACUACAUCAUUUUUGCAUUCAUCCCUGACCACAUUCACCCACAAGUGCGGAUGGUGUUCGACCUUAUUCUGGGGUCAUUUCAGGGUUUUGUUGUUGCCGUCUUGUACUGCUUCCUGAACGGAGAGGUACAGGCAGAGAUUAAGCGUAAGUGGCGUAGAUGGAUGCUGCAGAGGUUUCUGGGUGCAGACACCAAGUACCAGCAACCCUCCAUCGGCAGCAACGGCAACAACUUCAGCACCCAGAUCACCAUGUUGACCAAAACCAGCCCAUCAACACGACGGGCGUCUGCAUGUCAGGAGCACCUCUCCGCCAUAUAAAGCUAACCCGCCUCUCUGGUUUUAUCAUCAUAUACUCAACAUGUGCCUUGCAUGCACUGUUAGAACACAGUAGAUAUCUGUUACUGAGGGUCAUUGUAACACUGAAGCUAACAUUUGUUUGUUGUGAUUGUAUCCAUUACCUGUCAGAAAUGACAAGUACUGAGUGACACCUGAAACCACCAUGGAAGCAGUUUAAUGAAUGAGCUGACAACAACUGUUUUCAAGUAGAUUUGAAGUUUCAUUGUGAUGGAGGUUGACUGUACUGGCAGUCAGGUGUCUGAUAUUUACAUAUAGGCAAACAGAUUGGCUUGCAACACAGUGUAGUGCUUGGUUGUGAUCACAGGAUGAGUUAACCUGAACUGGUUACUGGCAAGUAGAGUUACAAACUCACCACUGCAGGCAGAGAUAUCUUCAUAAACAAUAUGGUCACUGAAGUGAAUUAAAGGGAAAUGAGCUGGCAUUUCCCAUCUGAUGUCAAGAUGGAUAAAGCCAGAUACAAGCUGUAUCCUAUAAGAAGUGAGAUGUUUAUUAAAAGGGUGUGUUGCACAAGAGGACUCCAACCACUUAACCUAAUGGCCCAUGUUGCUUAGGGGACCGAUGGUAACAACAUUAAUGACAGGCUGCCGUGAGCAGCAGUCACAGAGGGGGAAUCUUUAGCAUAAACCAGCAUGCUGGACGCUCCUAUCCUGGCUGUGACAGUUUUAUACAGGGAAUACACUCAGCUGAAUUACUGCCGGCUAACAUUCCAGCAGAGAGGACAAAGCUCCAGCUUGUGAAAUUUAUCUCAGAUUACAGAAGGCUUUUAGUUUUGCCUGAGUGCGCUUAAUAAAUGGACCAGAUGUGUUCCAUUAGUCCUCAAUACACAAAGUUGUAAAUAAAUGUGUGGUAACAAUAACUAACUUCCAUUAACUGGAUUUCAUGGAUAGUUCAUUUUAUUGAGUCUUUUGUUUUGUUCUCUUCAUCGAACACCACGAGUGGGUCCAAGAUCACUUGCAGUAAAAUACGUCAGUAAAACACGUCAUCUACAAAAGUGAUUGGCACAUUUUUGGCACCAUGGCUGACCAUUUCCACCUUAAAACUGCAGUGUACCAAUGACAGCCUGGGUUUCAUACAUAACAAACCUAAACAGUGAAUCCUGCCAGCUUGGAGGUGGGACUCAGUUCUUCUUCAGAGUUGUUUUCUGGUUCAGAAACGUACAGCUGAAUUAAUCCUGUGUUACAACUUGCCAUUGUGUAGCGUAGAGUAGUUUUACAGUGUACAAGCAGAGUCAUAGGUGAGCUGGUAUGCUCAAGCUGCAGCAAGAAGCAGAUGCGUGGGUGGAGAAAGAGGCGGAGGUUUCAUAGAGCUCCACAUUUUAAAGAAGGCAACGGUGUGCAGUUACAUCUAAACCAUUUUUAGGCAGAAAGGGGUUAUUGUCAUAAAAAUAAAAAUUGUCAUAUGUCACAUCAAGAGUAGUUUUUAGGGAUUUAAUCAAUGGCCAGAGGGGAAGUUUAAAGAUGGAGUAUGCACACAUUUAGCCACAUUCAGUGAGUAUCUUCUCAUUGUCCACUAGCUGUCUGAUCCAUGUAGGGAAGCAAUUUUUAAACAGCUUUCUCUACAGCUACUCGUCAGCCCUAUUAAUCAGCAGCCGAUUAAUCAAUAACACAAAAUGGAUUCUAUUAACCCUCUUGUCCUCAUUUACGGGCACCAAAAAAUAUUGUUUCCUUGUCUGAAAAAAAAUCUAAAAAUUCAGCAAAAAAAUGGCCCUAAUUUUUGAAAAUUUGCAAAACCUUCAGGAAGAAAAUUCCUAUAAUUCCUUAAAAGUUUCCCUUAAAAGUUUUAUUUGAAAAAAUCCCCCAAAUUUGGCAAGAAAAUUCUUGUAAAUAUUUUCAAAAAGUUAGCAAAAAUCUUCCAAAAAAAUCCUAAAAAUAUCUAAACUGAUUACAGAUAUAUCAGUAAAACUUGUAAUAUUUUCUUUAAGAACAUUCACAAAAAAUCAACCAAA